AUGGAUCUCCUUCCAGAAAACCUGCAAUCAUUUCUUCAGCACCCUACAAUCUCCUUCCUUCGCAACACAACUCAAGGCCAAGUAACAGCACAGCUUGCCAAUCUGCGCUCUGCCUAUGUCCAACCCUACAUUAUUGAUCCGCUAUCAACCUUCCUCACAUCCACAAGUGCCGCUGCCAUGCCCGACCUUCUCUCUGUGUUCAUGCUAGUUGUCAUCUUGUUCAUCUCGCUCAAGAUUCUUGACUAUGCGCGGCGCCUGGUCAUGUUUUGGGUGAUGUUGGCCUUCCGGCUAGUCUUCUGGGGCUCGUUGAUUGGUCUCGGCCUGUACGUGUAUCAGGUGGGCGUGGAAAAUGCAGGAAGGGAUCUAGGUUGGCUCUGGGGCGUUACGAUGGGCUUUGUAGAGGAUUUCCACACUAGGAGCGGGAGUCCUGCCGGAGGCUGGGUGCCCGGGGCCGGCUCGGGGUCGGGUUCGGGGAAACAGGGGAAUCGUGGGGGCUUUUGGGGAUGA